AUGUCAACAACAGAGAACACAACAACUGCUAUCGUUCAUGAAGCCAUUAAUGAAGAAUAUGAAUACAUACAGUAUAACAAACAAUUGAGACUCAUUCGUUCGGUCAAAGACGAUAUGUACCAGAUGCAAAGUAUAAUGAAUGCUCUUCGUUCUACAAAGCAAGCCUAUCAUUGGUUUGAAAACCAACAGACAAAAGAACUUUUAGAAGAAUUUCCUCAUAUGAUUGCUUCCCUCGGAAAACCGAGGGAAGAGAUUCCAUUCGAAAAUCGCAAGAAUUUGGCACCUGGUUUGAAAGGUUAUUAUGUUCAUAGACUUUUAGUAAAUGCUGUAGCAAUGUGGGCUUCACCUCGUUAUGCUUGUUAUAUUUUCAUGAUGUUAGAUGAACUAUAUAAAGCAGAACGUGAAGAUAUGGAAAAGAAAUUUCAUGCAAAAGAUGAAGUCAUUGAAUCCAAAGACAAAAGCAUACAGAAAAGAAUACCACGUUCAGUACCAAAAGGAAAGGAAAAGAGUUAUAAGUAUAUGAUAUAUACUGAAGAGUUGGAGAAAGAAGAAGACA